CUCCAGAGCGCAGAGGAUGGGCCCUUGCUGGGCUGUGCGGCUGCUGCUCAUGGCAGCCUGCAGCAUGGGCUGUGGUGAGGCCUUCAGGUGCUACAACUGUGAGCAGCCCACAGCCAUUGCUUCAUGCAAGAACAUUACCCACUGCAAGCCAGAGGACACAGCCUGCAAGACCACGCUGGUGACGGUGGAGUCAGAGUACCCCUUCAACAACAGCCCCAUGGUGACCCGCUCCUGCUCCAGCUCCUGCAUUGCCACUGACCCCGACGGUAUCGGGGAUGCCCACCCAGUCUACUGCUGCUUCCGUGACCUCUGCAAUUCGUAGGGCGGCAGGCUGGGAAAGCUUUCCACAGCACCUCCUCUCCUGAUGGGGCCUGGCUCUGCCUGCGGCCAGUUGUGCCCACACGCCUCCUUGUGCCACUCAAAGGCCCCAAAGGGAGAGAAGCAUGCCAGGGACGCUCUUUGCCCUCUGUCCCCCAAACUCAUAGAAAAUA